UACACCCCAAAAAAUCCAGGGUUUUGUAAAACUUCUCUUCCAUACAAACCGAAUGACAAUUAGGUAACGGCUUGUUAAUAAUAUUUAGAGAAAUAGAAAGAAAUUUAUUGCAAUAUAAUCUUCUUUAUGUUCGAUGGGGAGAACAAAACAUGGCAAUAGAGAUGUUCAUUUUUACAACAUCAGAGGCACAGACAAAAUGGUUCAUGCCGGGGAUUGCGUGUUGAUGCGGGCGGCCGAGAGCAACACGCCGCCUUAUGUGGCGCGCGUGGUGAAGAUGGAGGCGGACGGCAGCAACAAUUUGAUCGUUAGGGUUCGUUGGUAUUACAGGCCGGAGGAAUCUGUUGGUGGGAGGCUCGAGUUCCAUGGUGCCAACGAGCUGUUCUUGUCGGACCACUAUGACACUCAGAGUGCUAACACCAUCGAAGCCAAAUGCACGGUCCACACCUUUGAGGAUUACACCAAACUCGAGGAUGCUACCGCUGAGGAUUACUAUUGUCGAUUCCAAUACAGAGCCGCCUCCGGACUUGUCUUGCAAAAUACGGUCGCAUUGUAUUGCAAAUGUGAGAUGCCAUAUAAUCCAGAUGCUUUGAUGAUACAAUGUGAGGAGUGUGAGGAUUGGUUUCACCCGGGGUGUAUAAAUCGGACGAUAGAGCAGGUGAAGCUGUUGGAUCGCUUUGUCUGCUCCGAACACACGCUGAAGAAGCCUCCUGACGCUGCAGUGGCGAACCGCGAGGCAAGGCCCAAACGGCAGAAAAAGUAAAUCGUGCAAUAUUUCCCCUUUUUUAAUUGAUAAAUGAACAGAAAUUUAAAGUUCGCGUGUCAUGGUGACGAUACUUGCUUCUUGCAACGUAGGAGAGGCCACUUUUUUUCUUCUUUUAUUUUCUUUAUCUUUUCCUAAUUUUAUACUAUUACUAUUGAAACUAGUUUCUGGAUUACAUUCUGAUUAUAUUGAAGA